GUUUGUGGCCGAAGUUACCAAAGGGUUAAUUCGCCGUUUCGGCGGAAGUAAGACGUCACAAUGUUUACAACAAGAAAAAAGUUUCACGGAGGAAAUUACAAGAUGGGGACGACGGCGAGUCAACUUGGAAAGGAUUUGCUCUCAGAAUACCAAGAGCUGACUUUUUUAACAAAACAAGAAAUUCUUCUGGCACAUAAAAGAUUCACUGAACUGCUAACAAAAGAGGAGAAAGACGUUCCAAACGCCAGGGUGCCCAUGGAGAAGAUACUAACCCUUCCAGAACUCAAGUCCAACCCCUUUAGAAUGAGAAUUUGCCACGUGUUUUCAACAUCUGAAGUGAAAGAUGGAAGCCUCACUUUUGAAGACUUCCUGGAUCUUUUGAGUGCCUUUAGUGACUCGGCCACACUGGAAAUCAAGUCUCAUUACGCAUUCCGUAUAUUUGACUUUGAUGAUGAUGGUACUCUUGACUAUGGUGAUCUGGAGAAACUGGUCAACUGCCUGACUGGAGAGACUGACGACACAAGACUUACCCCUGAGGAGAUGAGACAGCUGAUCACCAACAUUCUUGACGAGUCUGACAUCGACAAGGAUGGAACCGUGAACCUCUCGGAGUUUCAGCAUGUCAUUUCAAGGUCACCUGAUUUUGUCAGUUCCUUCAAGAUUGUGCUGUGAAGAAGGACAUUGCUCACCCACUUAUAUUGUUGAAUCAGUUAUCCAAAGUAGUUAUUUGCUGUAAAUUAUAUGGAUUUUAUUGGCUUUAUUUUUUUCUUAAAUCACUAUAUUUCCAUAUAAAAAAGUUUUACAAAAGCA